UGAGUUCACUUUUGGACUCUGGACGUAGCUCUCAUAAUUGGAAGCCAGUAAUUGUUACCAGAAAAGAGGGCUCCUUCAGUUAUCCUACCGUGAGGUUACGAAUUCCCAUAUCAGAAUGUGGGGACGCUACCAUAUUUGCAGCUGAAGUGUACAAGAAAGAAUCAUCAUCAGGCAUUAUUGAAAGGUUACGUUUCAAUGAGGUUGAUACCAAGGAGCUCAGUUCGUUGUUGAUGCCCGGGAAUCUUGUGGACGCAGUUUUCUGCUUAGAUCAAUAUGAGUUUCAACAGGGUGUGGGGGUUAGAUUGGUUGCAAAAAAAUUGAUCUUUCAUAAGUAGAAGGAAAUGCGUGCAUGUUAACAUAAAUUAUAAUCAGUUCAUAUAUUUACAAGGAUGUGUAAAAUGAUUUGAGUUAUUGUAAAUUCCACUGAUACCUUAAACGGGAAAUCCUUGGAGUCCAGCUUGCAGUAGAACCGAGUACUUCUAUAAAUCUUGAAAGCCAUAAAUCUCAAAUUGCCAUUAUUUGGCCCCACACACACCCCCUUGAUUUAUGGCGUAAUGGGCAAUCCUCCGGAGAGCUAGCCUUUAUUCGUGAUUCGGCCACAAAACCUGGAAAACGAAUCAACUAAAAUGGGGCCUUUAAAAAAGUCGACCAGAAAAAGUUGAAGACGCCGACCAAUGUCCAAAGCAAGUUGCGGAGCCUUCAUGACUAAGCAAGCUCCGACGUACGUGUUCUACAGAAGCUUUAGCUUCUUAAGCAAGUUCCUUGAGCACCCCUACCUUUAUUAAAGCCUCCGCCAUUAAUUCUGCUUGCUCUUCAUCGCUCCUUAUGCUCGGAGCUUGAAUUUAUCAUCCUUCACUUGGGAUGGAUCACGCCGACGACGACCGACCCGAAAUUGUAUUCUUCGACCUUGAAACCAUCCACCCAACUCGAGUCAUCGUGGAGUUCGGAGCCAUCUUGAUUUGCCCCAAGACGCUAAAAGAGCUCCAAGAACCCUGCUCCACCUUGGUCCGACCCGCCGACCCUUCCCUCAUCCCCGCCGGCUUCCAGCGUAGCAACGGAAUCACUAGCGAUUCUAUUGCCCGGGCUCCUACUUUUGCCGAAAUCGCCGACGAUGUUUAUAAGCUUCUUCAUGAUCGGAUUUGGGCGGGGCAUAAUAUGUUAAAAUUUGACAGUGGCUGCAUCAGAGAGGCAUUUACUCAGAUUAACCGGCCCCCUCCGGAACCCAAAGGUUUUAUUGACUCGUUAGUUUCGUUGACUGAAACGUUUGGGAGGAGAGCUGGGAACAUGACGUUGGCCACCCUUGCAGAGUAUUUUGGGCUUGAAAAACAGACACACAGGAGCUUAGAUGAUGUUCGGACCAAUAUUGAAGUAAUUAAAUGCUGCGCAACGGCUAUGUUCCUGGAAUCGAGUCUUGUAGAUGCAUCCACAGUGAAUAGCAGGAGUUCUGCAGAAGCUGCUGCAAGUCAUAGCAAUGAAAUACUUUUACCACAUGAAGGCUCAUCACACACUAUACCUCAGAAGCAUUUUUUCACCUUCGGUCCUCUUCGUGAUGAAACAAACCAAGAAACAAUUCAGGCACAGAUGUUUUCUUCAGCCGCCGUGUCUGAGGCUUGCACCACCAUUUUUGCUGUUUUAAAGCUCCAUCAAAUAGCUGUCCCUCGCCUCACUGCAUCUUCUGUUCGAUCAGAUCAUGGUGAUCUAAAGAUACAACUACGGCACGAAGGCGUCCCGUUUCAACUUUGUUGUGAUCAUCUUAAAAUACUAUUUGGAGUAAACGACAAGUUUUUUGAUCGUGCGGGCCUACCAAAAUUGAGUAUUGUGGUUGAUCUUCAUCCAUCAAAAACCCUAUGCGAGGUUCUUGAAGCUUGUGACAGUAUUGCAAAGAGCUCAUAUUUAGAUCCUGGGCAUGGUGGGAACCCUGAUUAUUGGAGGCCACUCGUCGCCAAAAGCGAUGGCUUCUACGAUUAUCCCACUGUGCGAUUGCGGAUACCUACGGCAAAAUGCGGGAAUGUAGCCAUAUAUGCAGCUGAAAUGUACCAGAGAGAUUCAUCAUCCGGCACUAAGAAGAGGAUGUUCUUCGAUAAGUUUGAUGUUGCAGAGCUGGGUUCCUUGCUCAGGCAUGGUUCGUUUGUUGAUGCAGUCGUCUCCUUCGAUUUUUAUGAGUUCCAGGAGAAUGCAGGGAUUAGAUUGAUAGCCAAAGCCUUGACCGUUCAUUCCAAUUAGAAACAAUAAUAUGUUAUCACCGCCUGAUAUAUUCAUGCCAGAUGAUGAGUAGAUAAUUAUAAAGUAUUGUAUCAGUGAAAUAAUCUUGGGAUGAACACUUUUAAAAAAAAAAAAAUUGCUUUUGCGCUUUAAGAUUGGAA